UACGUAAACAUAACCUAUAAAGUUGUGUUUACCUUUUUAGCGAGUAAGCUUAGCGUUCUAGUUUCAUUAUAUAAAUAAAUAUUAAUAUUAUGUAUUAAAAGUUUUCUGAUAUUUGUGAAAACAUAUAAUUUAAUAAAACUAGUGAUACAAACAAUCAUGUCCGAAGUAAAAGAUGAUCCAAGUGAGGUUCUUUCUAUUUUAAAUUCUCUUGGAUUCGUUGGUGUCACUGCACUCCAGUUGAAGUCUUUUAUGAAAGAUCUAAAACUAUACAGAAAAAUAAAAGAAAGAGAACGUGAAGCAUGGAAAGAGGAGAUAAAGAGGAGAAUUCUAACAAAACAGAAACAAGCUCUAGUAGAAUUUAUUGAAGAACAAGAAAAGCCCACAAAUAUUCCUUCUCAAAAAAAAGCUUUUCCGGAAACCCCACGAAAAACCGAAUCAAUGGUUAAAGUGAAAAUAAAAUAUUCCCCAAGAGAAACAGAAAACACUGUAAAGGAAAUAUUCAAACAAAAUCGUUCAAAUGCACAAAAAUCAGAUGCACCGAAAGAACGAGAAUGUGAUUUUUGGAUGAAAAAUUUAUUUCAAAAUGAUCUCAAGCAGACAUCAGGUAAAAUCGGAUCUAGUCGAGAUCACACUCAUCGUUCAAAGUCGGAAUCAAAAGAAAGUUCCACGGAUGGAUUGAAAAAAUCGUCUUCCAAGGAAAAUAGUGAAAGUGUUUCUUGUUCAAAGUCGAAGGGAAAAAUUGACAGCGAAUUAACAAGAAAGACGACGCCACGCUUGUGUGAAAAAUCAAGAGCACAAAAGAGACCUGCAAGUGCUUCUGAUUCAAAUCCAAAUGUUCUUCAACUUAAAACGAAAAACACAGUUUCUGAUCCUGGCGAAAGUAUUACUUACUCGGUUACAAGAACUUCUAGUUCCUCACAACCUAAAUCAUUUAUAAGGCCGUGGAGACUACAACCAGACGUUCAAAAACCUUGGAAGAAAUCCGAUCCUGUGUCACUUUAUCAAAAGUAUCAAGAGGAUUGGAAGCAGUUUCCUCUUCCCGGAGAAGAUAAGCAUUUAGACGUCAGAUGGGCGAUUCGCGAACGAAUGAUGGGCUGUGAUCCUCAUCCUAGGCCUAUUGAUUAUAAAUCUUCCCGUCUAUCGACAUUGAAGAAAAGAUGACUGUGGUAGAUUUUUUCUUUUUAAGUAAAUUAAUAUUCUAUAAGUUGAAUCAAUUAGAAAAUCGCCACUCAAUUUUAUGAAAGAAUAAAUCUUGUACAUAGUAUAAGAAACAACAGUUUUACAUAUCUACUUAUAAGUGAAAUAUUUUUUUAAUACAAAAAUCAAAUAAAAA